AUGAAACUCUCCUUCUCUCUUUCCUCAUCAAAGAAUUCAUCAAAACCCUCAAAAUCCUCAUUCAGUUCUUCACGAGAUCACGAUGAUCAAUCUCCGGAAAAGGAAUUCCUCACAGAGUUCGAUUCAUCCAUAACCCUAGCCGAUUCCAUUUCCAAAAGAACUAUCGUUAUUCCCCCAAUUCCCAACGAAUGGAACCCGCAAAAGCAAACGACGAACAUCGAUAUACCCAUCAAAUCCAACGACCCAAAUCUUGAGUUCGAAGUAGACACCAACUCUGCUGAAGAACCCAUCGACUCCAACAUCUCCUAUGGUCUCAAUCUCCGUACGAAGAAAGCUUCCCGUUCUGAUAAGGACCCGGAAGUUGAUCGGUCGGAAUCAUUGUCGUCGAUUAAUCGUUUGAUGUUGAUGAAACUGAGAAGUGAUUUGAAGAGUUUGCCGGAUGAUAGAGGAUUAGAUGAGUUCGAUGAUGUUUCAGUUGAAGAGUUUGCACCUGCAUUGUUGAAAGGAUAUGGAUGGUAUGAAGGGAGAGGGAUUGGGAAGAAUGCAAAAGAAGACGUUAAGGUGUUUCAGUUUACAAAAAUGACUGCAAAACAAGGGUUAGGGUUUGUUAACAAUGGAGGAAAAGGUACUUGA